GGAGCUCAGUAGAAGGCAUCCAGUUACGCUACUGUUCGGACGAAUUUCUCCUGUCGUAAAUUUUUUGGGAAAAAAUUACAUUUUCUUUUAUUUUGUAAGAACGCGCUAAAAAUCUGAAAAACAGACCAAGUGCUCUCGUUUUUUUUUUCGGUACUGCCAUCGGGAGCAUUCAUUUGCGUUGCUUUUAUAAAUUUAUGUUUACUUGAUUCUCGCUCGGACAAACUGCAAAAUGACUUCGAUCGAAUCAAAACGUGUCCAAUAUCGAAAGUAUUUGGAACGUGCCGGUGUCAUCGAUGCCCUAAGCAAGGCUUUGAUUAAGCUGUACGAGGAGCAGAAUAAGCCGGAGGAUGCCAUUCGCUUCGUUCGCAAGUUUAUGUGCGAGAGCUGCCCGGACGAUGCCCAGUAUGAUGUAAUGAAGAACGACCUCGAGGAGGCCAAGACCCACAUCUCGAAGCUGGAGCAGGAGCUGGAACGGCUACGCGGACAAAUCAAAAAGUCACCGGAGGAGUACCAGGAGCUCACCACCGAGGGCUACAAGUCGCUCAUUGAUGAUGAGGAGAACGUGAGUUCGCUGCUGCGCAAAUACCUGACUCCGGAAUUGCUGGAGGAGUACAUGCUGGUCACCACCCCUGCGCCAGUGGAUGCCUACCUAUACGAUUGCGCCGUGUCUGGAUUCGAGCACCACGACUCGCCCGUGGGCAUUUUCGCGGCAGAUGCAGAUAGCUACGAUGUGUUCAACAAGCUCUUCGAUCCGAUCAUAAAGGACUAUCAUGGCCAGAUGGACAACGAGAACGAUGUGCUGCAAAAGGACCCAGACUUCGGAAAUGUGGACGAGAUCGAGAACUUGGAUCCGGAGCGCAAAUAUAUUCUAUCUGCACGCAUCAGAUUGGCACGAAAUAUCGAGGGCCUGCCCUUCUUCCCCAAACUGACCGAGAAACAGUUCAUAGAGGUGGAGGAGAAGGUGCGUUCGGCAACGGAGACAAUGGAUGGCGAGCUGAUUGGCUCCUAUCUGACGAUGGCGGACAUAGAUGCUGAGACUCAGGCUGAGAUGGUCAAGAGACAUAUAUUAUUUCAGCGAGGGGAUGAGAAGCUGACCACAGCCGGCUGCUAUCGUUUCUGGCCAACUGGUCGUGGUGUCUACCACAAUCCCGCCGAGACCUUCCUAAUCUGGGUGAAUCGUCAGGACCAUGUGCACAUUAUGUCCAUGGCACAGUGCGGUGACUUGGGCGAUGUCUACAAUCGUCUUGUCAACGGCUUAACGGAGCUGGAGAAGACGCUGGCCUUUGCGCGGCAUCCGCGUUACGGAAACCUUACGGCCUGUCCCACCAAUUUGGGCACCACCCUGCGGGCUUCGGUGCAUAUCCGUUUGCCGCUGCUCAGCAAGGACCCCGACCGCCUAAUCGCCCUCGCCGAGGAGCUGCAGCUGCAGGUACGCGGCCCCGAUGGCGGCGAGCUAGCCACCGUGGAAGAUGGCGUCUUGGACAUAUCAAAUAAGAGGAAACUUGGUUUCACUGAGUUCGAACUGGUAAAAACUGUGCAGGAUGGCGUUGUGGCCCUGAUCAACUCGGAGGAAGAGCUCGAAAUAGCCGGACAGGAGGGUUAGAAACUAAACAGCGAACACUAAAACACCUUGUGAAGCAAUCAAUAUCACUACACAGUACUCACGAACACAGACAGACGGUAGAGAAACAGGAGAAACGUAUCUUUGGUUAAAUAAAUUUGUCCCCUAGUCACUGACGAA